UCAACUUCCACCUCAUGGAAUUGUUGCAGCUUCCUUGCAGAGUUGCUAAUUGGUUUUUGACGAAUGGCUGGUGUUUAUGUAGCAAGAAUCAGAACCGCAGUAAUAAGGAUUCAACAUGGACCUGGAGAUUGUGCUGGGUGCUGGACAAGACACACACGUAAACAGACAAGCUCCCUGCCUGCUGGGCUUGGUACCCAAACAGUGAGGACAAACAUGAAGGGCUUGGGAAAGGCAUGCAGAUUCAUGAAGUUCAGGAUGGGCGAUAAGAGGAAUAAGCAUUUUGCACCGCGUUGAAUUUCUUCGUGCAUUUUGUGAUCCGUGAUCAGGCUUCUGGAAAGAGCAGAUCUAGAGGAGGAAUCUGAAGGUGAGUAAGAUUGGAUAGAAUUUGAAUUUCAUAACUGCGACUCUAAUUCUGCAAUCAGCUGGAGGCUCUGUUGCUUGCUCUUGCCACAGAAAGCUAUGCAGCUCAAAGCCAAGUCGGAUCCGAAGUGGGUUAGUGUAUUAUGUAAGCCCUUGGCGGGAGGGGAGAUGGUCUUGCACGUGUGUUCCUUUUGCUGCAGCAGCGGCGGCGGCGGCGGCGGCGGCGGCAGCCGCAAGAGUGGCUCAGGUUGAUUUAGAAUACGGAUGACAGCGGCCUGGCGCGAGCCCGCGGCUGACGAAAGCCGCUUAUCCCGCUCUGUUGCCAUGGAGACGAGCGAGAGCAGCGGCGGCGGCGGCGGCGAGGCUGUCAGCGAGCGCGGCGGCGGCGGUCGCGCGUCCGCGGGGGUCUGCAGGAGGAAGGAGGAGGCCGGGGCCCGAACCCUCGCGGCAGACAUGGACUUGCAUUGUGAUUGUGCUGCCGAAACUCCGGCCGCCGAGCAGCCGUCGGGGAAGAUUAAUAAAGCCGCUUUCAAAUUAUUCAAGAAGAGGAAAUCGGGUGGCACCAUGCCCAGCAUAUUUGGGGUCAAAAACAAAGGGGAUGGGAAAGGCUCGGGUCCGACGGGAAUGGUGAGGAGCAGGACCCACGACGGACUGGCCGAGGUGGUGGUGCUGGAGAGCAGCAGGAAGGAGGAGCCGCGCGGCGGGGGCGACAGUGGCGGCGGCGGGGAUGGCCGCGGUGGGGGUCGGCCGAACCCCGGUCCCCCCAGGGCUGCCGUGCCCGGCGUGGGCUCCCUGGCCACCAGCUCUGUGGCCAAGUCACACAGCUUCUUCUCGCUUUUGAAGAAGAACGGGAGAUCCGAAAACGGCAAAGGAGACCAGGCGGAUGCGAGCAAGGCUGGCGGCAAACAAAAGAGGGGGCUGAAAGGGCUCUUCAGCAGCAUGCGCUGGCACAAGAAGGACAAGCGGGGCAAGGGGGAGGACAGCGGCGGGCGCGCGGGGGCGCCGGGCGGCCGCGGCCUGGUCCUGCCGGGGUCGCUCACCGCCAGCCUGGAGUGCGUCAAGGAGGAGACGCCCAGACCCGCGAGCGAGCCGGAGGAGCCCAGCCAGGACGGCCCGCGGGGCCCAGCAGGUGAGCCCGGAGGGGGAGAGCCGGCGGCGGCCGAAGCGCGGACCUGCCGAGAGGCCGAGAGCCCCGGGGUCCCUCACGCCAAAAGCGCCCGGGGAGAGGACGCCGCGGGGCAUCGGCGCGCCGAGGAGCCCGCGGCACCCCCCGAGCCGGGCGCUGCGGAGGCCCAGACGGCCGAGGAUGCUUCCAGGACAGGUGACGUUCCGAUAAAGACCGUCCCCCUUGUCGACUCCGAGUGCGGCAGCGGCCGAGCGUCUGCCGUCCCUGACCCUUCCUCUGUUGACCCACCCUCAGACCCGUCGGCCGAUCGUAUUUGUUUGAUGUUUUCUGACGUGACUUCACUGAAAAGCUUUGACUCUCUUACAGGCUGUGGAGAUAUUAUUGCAGACCAAGAGGACGAGGCAGGUCCCAGCUCUGACAAGCAUGCCUCCGGGCCAGGCAAGCCAGUUCUCUCUAAAAAGAACCCCAGCGUGGUGGCCUACCAAGGAGGAGGGGAGGAGAUGGCCAGCCCGGAUGAGGUGGACGACACCUAUCUCCAGGAAUUCUGGGACAUGCUGUCCCAGACUGAGGACCAAGGACAAGGGCCCCAGGAGGGAGCGGCUAAGGCGGCAGCGGCACUGGAGACCAAGGUGGUACCCGAGACCUCCAAAGACGCCAGGUGUGCAGAAGGGGCCAAGGACGUGGCCUUGGUCAAGCGCAGGAGGCUCAACCGGAUUCCCAUUGAGCUCCAUCAGAAGGAGGAGCCUAAGCACCUGGAGAAGGAGCAGCAGGAAGGAGUCCCCAACAGUGACGAGGGCUACUGGGACUCCACCACCCCCGGCCCCGAGGAAGACAGCACCAGCAGCGGUAAACAGGCGGGCAUCCCCCGGGACAGCUACAGCGGCGACGCGCUCUAUGAUCUCGACGCCGAUCCCGAUGGAGGCCCUGCUGUCCUUCCCGCCAACGAGGAGACGUCCUGCUUGUCCCGGUUAAAGCCUGUGUCUCCAGGCACCAUCACCUGUCCACUGCGAACACCAGGCAGUUUGCUGAAGGACUCGAAAAUCCCCAUCAGCAUCAAGCACCUCGCGAACCUUCCGUCCAGCCAUGCUGUAGUGCACCAGCAACCAGCCAGGAGUGAGAUGCCCAGAACAAAAAUCCCGGUUUCCAAAGUGCUGGUCCGCAGGGUCAGCACCCGGGGCUUGGCUGGGACCACCAUCCGCGCAGCGGCGUGCCACGACAGUGCCAAAAAGUUGUGAGGUCUCCGAGGCCCAGCUGGAGGGACCACAUGUCAAGGAAUACAACUCUCCCUGGAAACCACUAAAAUAAGUUUUGUUUCCCCUAAAGAAAGGAUUUUAGGACCGUUCCUGCUGCAGAGCCUGGACUGAGGAGGUCUUUGUGUCGCCAGCGGGGACAGGAUACACUGGAGAGGGGGGUGCCACACAUGGGAUUCUCCUCUCAAGAUAAGGCCCUGAGAAUUAUUUCCAAGCACUUUUUCUUUUUUAUCUUUUUAAAAAUCUUUGUUCUUUCUUUUUUUUCUUUGAUGCACUGAACACUCAGAGGUCACCUUUACUUGCCUUUGCAGAAAACAGGACUUAGCCAAACCU